UUGACAACCUAACUUCUUGGAGUGAGGCACUGCUAUAUUGCUAUCACAAGACGGCGAGAAAUAAGGCCGAAGGAGGCUGUUCGUGAGGUACUUCAAGGAGCAACUUCCCUGAAGCCAUUCCAACAAAUCAAACAACAUAAAAUCGCGCAAGCUCUCACUCCUGUUGAAGGACAAAGAUCCGAAUCCCCUUCCCACCCACCAUUAAGUCCACCAUGAUCCCCAAAAUGAACUCCAAAAAACCCACCUCAAACAUGCUCCCCUUUCGCGACACAGACAACAAAGCCAUUGUCUACGGGGCCUCUCCAAUCGCCCCAACCUCAGACACCGCCUCUGACGCCGAGUUGCUCGUUCCCCAGCAAGGGCUGGACGAAGAUUCCAUGGAGCACUUCACCGCGACCGGGCGUCGCGCUCCAAAAUUCAAAGCGUCCGGACUGCAAAACCUAGGCGGCGACGGGUAUACUCUUCCCCAACUGCUCCCAAAGCGAUACACCGACGACUCGAUCAUCCCUGCUAUUGUGACGGAUGUUGUGCCUUCUGAGAAAACGAUUCAGGAGGAGGCGGGAAAGAAGAAAGGGCUUUUGGGGAGGUUUAAAGGGAAGAAGGAGGAGGUGGUAGGUGGAAAUGGGGAAAGGAAGGGCGUUACGAAGGUGGUUUAUAUGCCGAGAAGGGAGUACUUGAAGUUUUUUGCGAAGGAUGAGAACGGGCAGUACAUCGGGAGUGAGCCGCAGAAGAAGUGGACGGAGGAGGAGUUGGAGGCGGAAUUUGCGAAGUAUAAGCCGAAAGUUGGGAAGUAGUGGUGCCCGUGAUAGGAAGGAUGUUGCUACGAAUACGAGACAAUGGGAAUGCCAGGCUAUUAAUAGAUUAAUGACAACCCAUACCCGAUAUUAUUUUUGUCAAGGUAAAAUGGCGAGGAGAGAUCCAGAAUCAUUGAGAUAUAAUAUGGCCAGCCUGCUAGUAUCCUAGUAUCCUAGAUGCCAUCCUUACACCACCAUCUUAGAAUGGAGGCUCUGCUUCAACACCCUCCCCGCGCAUCCAACGAGAC